AUGUCGUCGAAUGAACAAAACCAAGAGGUUCCAAAGGAAGAAAAUAAAAUUCUUAAUUAUCUUAUCGAAGUAAGGGGUUCUCUAUCCAAAGUGAAACAAAACAGAGACAAAUACCUAAAUUCAAAAGACGUCCAACACACUUAUCAAGAUGUGCUAACAAAAGUCCGUGAAUUAGAUGAUAUUAGAAAGAUUAAUCAUAAGGAGGCCACUGGUGUCACGUUAAUCCAUAACUCGGAAUUGCACAAUCGUGUGGACUCCAUCCUCGAUGACGUGUUCCAAUUGUUAUCGCUAUGCUUCCUAACUGUGGGCUUAAAGAAAUCGGCUCCGGCAACUUAUGCAUCGCUAUCUACCGUUCAAUCCCUGUUGGAACAUUUAAAAGAAUCUCGUAUUUAUACACAUCAUGAUUUGAGACCUAUCAAGGAGAGGUUGGAUGAAAUCAGUAAGAUUGUGGAUGAAAGUUGUGCUGAUGAGAAAAGAGACAGUGAUAAGGAAGAGGACGAAUCCUUGAGUGAAGAAUUUAGAAAGAUCGACACUGAAAGAAAUAAAAAUAAAAUUGAACAGGAUUUAUUGUUAAAGGCUAAAUUAUGUCAUUGUUUGAAUUUAUAUAAUGAAAUUGAAUCAAAAUUGGAAUCCAUUGAUCCAAGUCUGGCUAGUUUAAUGGAAAAAUUAUUUCAAAUUAGAAGAAAUUUAUUAUCUUUAGUUACUUUAUCCAAUAAAAAUUUAUCUUUUCCUGUGAAUGAUGAUAAAUUAUCUUCUGUAGGAUUAGAAGUUGAAAAUAAUUCGGAAUCGACUAAUACUAGAAUCUCUAGAGAAAUUGUACAAAAAAAAUUAGAAUCUUUACAAAUAGAAUUGACUGAUUUAGAAAAUAAUAGAGAUGAAAAUGGUAACUUCAGAUCCUUAGAGACAAAUAUGGCUUCAGAUCAAGGCCAAAACGUAUUGAAUGGUCUUGUUGAUGAUUGUCAUGACUUGAUUAAUGACUUAUCUCAUCAUCCUAAUAAUUCCACUGAUAAUGCUAUUACUUUAUUUAAUGAUGAAAAUUUACAAAAAAUUUAUGAUGAAUUAAUAGAUAUUAAGACUACUUUGGAAAAUUUAAUGAUCACUAGAAGAUGGACUUUAAGAGAAACUGAUUUGUUUUCUUAUCAAAAGAGAUUAAGCGCAGUGGACGCAAAGAGAAUAAAUGGGAAGUUUCCAACUAGUGAUGGUAAUGUGACUGCCAAUUCAAAGGGUCAAUCUAUCUUAUUGUACCUAUUGAGAAGAUGUUACACCAUCAUCUAUAAACUGUUGGAGAGUUCCGAACCUGUCUCUGAAUCCUUACAACCAAUCCACAACCAAUUGUCUACAGUACGUCGUUGUCUUCUAGAAUUGAAAAGAAUGGGUGGUGUUAAUAAUGAAAGAGAGUUGUAUCCAUAUAUAAUGAAAUUAACAUCCUUGGAUAAUUUACGUAAGGAUGGGAAAUUUUAUGAUUCCGAUGGGAAUAUUCCAGAAGGUCAAGGUAUAUUGAAUGCUCUAUUAGCAAGUUGUUUUGAUAUUAUGCACGAAUUAAAAGUAGAAGCAGAAGAAAGAGAAGAAAAUGGGGAAGGUGGGGAUGAUUCAGAUAGUGAAGAUAAUUAUGAAGAAGGUAACGAUUAUUAUUAA